AUGGCCUGUCAGUUUGAUCUGAUGAUUCAGUAGUCAAUCGCGCAUCGUCAGUUAUUGUUAGCCAAAAUGUUGCAAAAUUGGUUGCUUCUGUUGCUCACAGUGUCCACAGUUCUGUGCUUCCCAAGUUGGUUUGAAACGAAGAAAUUCAAGGUCGGAAUUGAAUAUGAAAAUUCCCUACCAAUGAAAGGUGGUUCAGACAGGUAUCGACACAGGAACAACUAUGACCCGUUCUUCGUCACCAUUAACGCUGAAUCCAAGAAAGGCUUCGUGAUCACCUACCUGCAAGUGACAGCGACGGUGGACAACGGUGGGCAGGUGGACUUCAAAGUGAUCCAGGGCCAAACUGGAUCCAAAACCAUGAUCUUCCAGCUGGUCUCCAACCACACAGACUUCCUCUCCUACUCCUACCUGACUUAUGGAAUAAGAGAAGAAGAGUAUAAAAAGGUGAUGUUAGCCUCGUUUUAGCUUAAAUUAGGUGGCCAAUAUCAUCACGCUUCCACGACCGACGAAUACAGGGACAAUGCUGCAAAACACUGGAUUUAGUAUAGUUACAUUAUUAUCUUUAAUUAUGUGUUUGUUAUAAUAUUAAGAUAUUGAUUAUGAUUUA